UUUGAUGCCAUACCACUCACUGUCUCUCUUUCACACAAAUCUCAACUAUCCCUUUCCUCUCAUUCACCAGUCUACAUCUUUGUUGGACAGGGAAAGAUAAAGCAUGUUCCUCUCGAUCUAAACCGACCGUUCUUCCCCGCCCGGAUAUCACCUCGUCAGCCUGUUGCGCCGAUUACCUCCGCAUCGCAAAUUCUAGACUCACCUGCACGAAACACCUCCACUAUCACCUCGAAACACCUACACAAUGGAUCUUGCCAACACCCUUAUCCGGAGCGUGGUCCGCGCCUUCUACGAGACUCGUCACAUCCUCGUUGUCGAUGCGCUCUUCAUCCACUCGGUUCUCCACGCCGAAGACCUCGCCUUCCUUCUGGGUAUGCAACAGAAAGACCUCCGCAAGUUAUGCGCUAAGUUGCGCGAAGACCGCCUGAUCUCAGUGAGCACGCGCGCCGAAAUCCGUGACGGAUCGACGCGCCCCGUCAACCGCGAGUACUACUACAUCCCACUGCACCCGGUGGUCGACGCGAUCAAGUACAAAGUGUCGAAGCUGACCUCGACGAUCAAAGCGCAGUACACGCCCAGCGAGGAGCGCAAGGAGUACGUGUGCCUGCGGUGCAGCGCGGAGUGGACGGAGCUGGACGUCUUGAGUCUGUAUUCGGAGGAAGGGUUCGAGUGCCAGAACUGCGGGGCGAUCCUGGAGCGCACUGAAGAUGUCAAAGGGACGGAGGGGAUCGAUCGCACGGGCCACGAGAAGAACAGCAAGCUGAUGAACCAGCUGGACCCGAUGCUCAAGCUGCUGAAGCAGAUCGACUCGGUGGAGGUCCCGCCCAACGACUUUGAUACCGCCUGGGACCACAAGGUCGACGUCGUGCGUAACCAGCAGACCAACCCGACGCGCGCCUCGGUCGUCGUCCCCUCCAAGCACCACCCGGAGUCCGUCCGCGGCAACACCAAGACCGACGCCGCCGCCCUCGAGAUCUCGCUGACCUCCAGCGAGGAGAAGAGCGCCGCCGAGCAAGCCGCCGAGGCCGCCCGCAAGGCCGCCGUCGAGAAGCAGAACGCCCUCCCCGUCUGGCACACCCAUUCCACCGUCUCCACCGCCGCCGGCAGCCUGCCCCUCGUCAAGACCGAAGCCGACGCCGACAUCGACGUCAAGCCCAUCAUCAAGGACGAGGACGAGGACCGCAAACCCGACGUCGACGGCCUGGACGACAAGGUCGCCGCCUACUACGCCGAAAUGGAGCACGAGAAGGCCCUCCAGGCCCAGCAGGAUGCCACCAGUGACGAUGACGAUGAUGAUGAUGACGAGGAGGACGACGAGUUUGACGCGGAAUUCGAAGAUGUCGGAGGCGUCGGCUCGGCCAGCGAAACCGCCUCCCCGGCUGUUGCUGCCAGUGCUGGUGGUCCCACAAGUGCCCCCAUGAAUACCUCCUCCACCACCACCACCACCACCACAAUAACAGGAAUCAAACGCGAACUCGACACGGAUUCAAGCUUCGCUAGCGCCCCGCAGACAACAGUCGCCUCCCCGGCCACGGAUGACGGCCCCGCCUCUAAGAAAGUCAAAGUCGAGCCGGACAUCAAGAAGGAGGAAUCCGACGAAGACGACGAUGAGGAGUUUGAGGAUGUCUGAUUCCUCUUCCCACGUUUGGUUUCUGGGACCUGAUCUUUUUUUUUUUUCCCACCUUCUUUCCCCCCAAUUUUCAUGUUGUUGUUAACUAUAGUCUUCCAUCCAAGUCCCAUAGAUUCCUCCAUCCCCG